AUGAGCGCCAACAUUGAGAACUUCAAGGACUCGGCGAAGCUGACCUGCAUCACCUGCCACGCUUUCAACAGGGAUCGCACCCUCAUUGCCAUCUGCCCCAACAACAACGAGGUCCAUAUCUACCAGAAGCAAGGCGCCGAGUGGGUCAAGAACGCUGUGCUGGUCGAGCACGAUCAAGCGGUGACGGGCAUCGACUGGGGCCACAAGGAGAACAGAAUCGUGACCUGCUCGCAGGAUCGUAACGCCUACGUGUGGUCGCUCGGCGCUGAUGGCAAGUGGAAGCCCACCCUGGUGCUCCUCCGCAUCACCCGCGCCGCCACCCACGUCAAGUGGAGCCCCAAUGAGGAAAAGUUCGCUGUGGCGACUGGAGCCAAAUGCGUGUCGGUGUGCUACUUCGAGGAGGCCAACGACUGGUGGGUGUCGAAGCACAUCAAGCUCCACAAGUCGACGGUGCUGAACGUCGCCUGGCACCCGAACAACAUCUUCCUGGCCACCGCCGCGUCGGACUUCAAGGCCCGCAUCUUCUCCGCCUUCAUCAAGGGCGUGGACAAGAGGCCCGAGAACACGCCGUUCGGCGACAAGCUCCCCUUCGGCGAGAUGCUGGCCGAGUACUCGUGCGGCGGUUGGGUGCACGGUGUGUCGUGGUCGCCCUCGGGCGAGUGGCUCAGCUUCGUGAGCCACGACUCGGCGAUUUCGUUCGUCAACAUCUCCACCGGCAGGGAGGCCGUGCCCCAGCGCCUCUCCCUCAGCGGUCUGCCCUACCGCGUGCUCGCCUUCCUCAACCCCACCGACAUCAUUGCCGCCGGCUAUGACUGCAACCCGGCGCUGUUCCGCCUCAGCGGCCAGACCUGGGCGUUCGUGAAGAACGUGGAUGAGAGCUCAGCGGCUGCACGAGCUGCUCCUGGCGCGGCUCAGUCGGCCAUGAACAUGUGGCAGAAGAAGGCUGACCUGGGCACCACCAGCAACGAGACUCAGCUGGAGACCAAGCACCAGAACGCCAUCUCUGGCCUCACCGCUCUCGCCCCCAACCAGUUCUCCACCACCGCUGUCGAUGGCAAGCUCAUCAUCUGGACCGUCAGGGCCUAA